UUUCCAGGAAUGUGACCAGAAUGUAAACACCAAACAGCGCCCAGGUGCUUGCUAACGGUUGUUAACGUUGCUAUUUGCUAAGUAUUUCAACUGUCGUCACAAUCGUGGCUUCAGGAUAUCAAAUUCAAGCUGAAAUGGCACGGCUUUAGUGAUUUAUUUUUCGCCGACUUCCUCUCCCUCUCCGCUUGGUUGCAUUCAUGACUGAUCUGCUGUCAAAAUGACCAAAGACAUCGUUGUUGGAGACGAACUACCAGACUGGGUGGGCGCAAAGGAGUUUUACCAGAAAUAUGACCCUAAGGAGGUGAUUGGCAGGGGUGUGAGCAGUGUGGUUCGAAGGUGUGUGCACAGGCACACAGGUCAGGAGCUGGCAGUGAAGAUCAUUGAGAUCACAGCGGAGAAGAUGACUGCUCAGCAGCUGGAGGAGGUUAAAACCUCAACACUGAAAGAGAUCCAAGUCCUCAACAUGGUGAAAGGACACUCCUCCAUCAUCACUCUCAUUGAUUCCUAUGAGUCCACAACAUUCAUAUUUUUGGUGUUUGACCUCAUGAGGCGUGGCGAGCUGUUUGACUACCUCACAGAAAAAGUUACUUUGAGUGAGAAGGAAACAAGGAGUAUGGUUCGAGCUCUGCUUGAGGCCGUACAGUACCUCCACUCCCUCAACAUCAUCCACCGGGACUUGAAACCUGAGAAUAUUCUCCUAGAUGAUCAGGGGCACAUCAAACUGUCUGACUUUGGGUUCUCAGUGCAGCUACAACCUGGAGAGAAACUUAGAGAGCUUUGUGGGACACCUGGUUAUCUUGCCCCUGAGAUACUAAAAUGCUCAAUGGAUGAAAUGCACCCAGGCUAUGGCAAAGAGGUUGAUCUCUGGGCCUGUGGAGUGAUCCUCUUCACCUUAUUGGCUGGCUCACCGCCGUUCUGGCAUCGUAAACAGAUGCUGAUGCUGAGGAUGAUCAUGGAGGGGCGCUAUCAGUUUAGCUCCCCAGAGUGGGAUGAUCGGUCUGACACUGUGAAAGAUCUGAUAUCCAGACUGUUGGUGGUGGACCCGGCUGCCCGUCUCACUGCAGAGCAAGCUUUAGCACAUCCAUUCUUCAGGCAGUACCAGAAGGAGGAUGUGCGGCUCUUCAGUCCUAGGAAGACUUUUCGGGUGUUGAUCGUCAGCGUUCUAGCCUGUAUCAGGAUGUACAGCAAGUACCGUAGGGCUCGUCCACUCACUCGGGAAGUGCUGGCUAGAGAUCCUUACUCCAUUCGCGGCGUCCGCAAACUCAUCGAUGGCUGUGCAUUCCGUAUCUAUGGGCACUGGGUGAAGAAAGGGGAGCAGCAGAACCGAGCUGCUCUCUUCCAGAACACGGCUAAGAUCAUGCUGCUGGGACUGGAGGACUUUGAGACAUAGAAGAUCCACCUCAUGCUCACCAGCCUUAAUUUUUAAACAUUCACAUGUCCUGUCAUAUAAGUUUUUGUACCAUUACUGUGUUUAAUUUAAGGAGAGGAAUUCAGGGACCGGGACGUUUGUAUGCCUUAAAGCACCCUGUGGUUAAGUUUACGAUAAGCAUGCACGACUUGAUAUUCCUUAUCUGCUCUUCUGUCAAGGUUUGUGGCUGUUUGAAAGGUCAUCACAUUUGCAGCAGAGGAAGCAUUGCACAAUCACUCAAGUAGACACAUGUAACAUUUGUAUAUUUUGGACUUUUCUUUUUGAUGGUCAGUUCUAGUUACAAAAAGGAUGUUUUUUCUGUACACUGCGGCUGAAAUGUACAAUAAGGCACUGUAAUUAAUUAUUUAACACAUAAUUUUAUUGUGACAAGCAAAGGUUUAAAGCUAUUCCACAGCAGAUUUGGACAUGCUUGAAAAAAUAAAGCAUUUUGGCAUGUUUUGGGUUGAGAAUCCACAUGCAUGCCGUUAUUCCUCACUGGAGACAUCUACCUACAUUAACUGUGAAGACCAUUUGUGACUGUAUUUCCUUUUUCAGUUAACCACCACCAACAUCAUUCCUCUCUCUGUCUAUCUGUCGGUUUAAUAUGUUGCACUUUUACUAAAAGUGCCUGGUUUGUUGCAAAAUGCAGAUCUAAAUGCCUAAAAAAGAUAUAUUAACAAUAAAAUGUGUGUUUAAGUUCCA